AUGACUCGCUACCCAGAAUCAGCUCCUCAACCAUGGCUCAAGACUCCAUGCGUCAAGUCUGUAUCUCUGUCCCGCGCAGCAGGCUGCAACGUCUACCUCAAGCUCGAGACUCUCCAGCCGUCCGGUUCCUUCAAAUCACGCGGCAUUGGGAACCUCCUCCGCAAUGCAAUCGCCACCCAUGGCCCUUCAAAGCCCAUCCACUUCUACUGCUCCUCCGGCGGCAAUGCGGGCCUCGCCUGCGUCGUCGCCGCCACCACGCUUAAGCGGCCAGCAACAAUCGUGGUGCCGCUCAGCACCACACCGCUCAUGAUCGAGAAGCUUCGCGCGCUAGGCGCUGACGUGGUGCAGACGGGCGAGCACUGGAGCGAAGCCGAUGCCUAUCUCAGAGAGGUACUUUUGGACAAGGAUGAGCAUGGGGUCUAUGUGCCGCCGUUCGAUCACGAGGAUAUUUGGGCGGGGGCAGCUACUAUCAUCGACGAGCUCGAGGAAGACGAUCAGAUGGGGAAGCUCGGGUACGAUGCCGUGGUAUGCAGCGUCGGCGGAGGCGGCUUAUUCUGCGGGAUCAUGCACGGGCUCGAGCACCAUCAGCGUCUCGCCGCAGGGGUGCGAGUCCUAGCCGUCGAGACGAAAGGCGCGGAUUCCCUGAACCUCAGCGUACAGAGCAGGAAGCUCACGCGCCUGCCGGGCAUCACCAGCAUCGCCUCCAGUCUCGGCGCGACACAGGUAGCAAGCCAAGCCUUCACGUGGGCCAUGCGCGGGGAGGAGGAGGAGGCGGAGGAGGGAGUCACCAGCCACGUGCUGAGCGACGCCGAAGCCGCCAUGGCGUGCGUCAACUUCGCAGACGACGAGCGGAUCCUCGUGGAACCGGCUUGCGGCGCCAGUAUCGCGCCCGCGUACAGCGAUACCCUCCACGCGCUCCUCUUCCCCUCCCUCUCCCCGGAGGAAUUCUCCCAGAAGAACAUCGUCAUCGUCGUCUGCGGCGGCUCGAACGUCACGCUGCAGAUCCUGCAGGCUUACCAGGAGAGAUACGGGCAGGAUCAUGCCGUGCUGGAGAAGUUCCAUUCCAGGAGCAGGGCGAGAGGGCAAGGGGCCGCCGAGGAGGCGCUUCCGACGACCGCAACAGCGACCGCGCGGAGGGACUUGGAGGGCACGCCGGUCCUGUCGAGACCGGCUACGGGGACGAUGGAUCCGGCGGAGGUGCAGAGGCAGGUUCAGAAGUUUGGGAAGGUAUUGUUGGCGGCGGCGAAGGACGCGUAG